AUGAAUGCCAAAGACUUCGCCGUCAAAGGACUUUGCUUUCUACUAUCUGUGAUAUUCGUUGAUGCCAAAUUGAACCUGACAUUUGUUGAGACUUUCGAUCGUUUGGAUACUGAUAUUUGGACUAGGGAGAUAUCGGCUUGGGGAGGCGGGAAUAAUGAAUUUCAAGUCUACACAGAUGACAAGACAAACAGCUAUGUGCAGGACAACACACUCUUUAUAAAACCGAGUAUUCUUGUCAACAAUACCAACCCUAAAACGGGCCUACCUUUUGGCGAAGCAUUUCUGAGAACAGGAACCAUGAACUUGCAAGCUUUAUACGCCAAAUGUACGAAUAGAAAAUUUGAAGGUUGCAAAAGGGAGGCGGCGAAGAACGGAAUACCUCCAAUCAUGUCAGCCAAGUUAUUUUCAAAGAAAAGCUUCACCUUUAAAUAUGGCCGCCUAGAAGUCGAGGCAAAGUUGCCAAAAGGGGACUGGAUAUGGCCAGCUGUCUGGCUGUUAUCGGAGAAGCAGCAGUAUGGAAUUUGGCCAAGGUCCGGCGAGAUAGAUGUCAUAGAGUCGAGAGGAAACAAAGACCUGAAAUCGAGCAAAACAGGUGAAUCUUACGGACGCGACACAGUGGGAAGUACGAUACAUUUCGGUGCUGCGUGGAAUGACAAAUAUCAGAUAGGAACGUGGAAGAAAAGGACAAAUCCAGAUUUUACAUCAGCCUUCCACACUUAUGCCAUGGAUUGGACAGAAGCAGGCUUCAAGUUUUUCAUAGACGAAGAUGAAAUACUGAGAAUACCUGAGAAAUCGAAGCCAUUUGAUAGUUACUGGGAUUACUGCAUGAAAAAUGGCGGGUUCUGGUCUACCAAUGAAACAUUUUGGAAGACUGGCAGCAAAAUGACACCCUUCGAUCAAAAGUUCUACCUCGUCCUCAAUGUAGCAGUAGGCGGAACCGGUGGUUAUUUCCCCGCAGACGGCAUCAACCACGGAGGGGCUCGACCAAUGCCGUGGAAUCUUACAGACGGGCGCAAGGAGGCCAUGGAGUCGUUUUGGAACAGCCGCACUGAUUGGUUGAGCACAUGGGAAGACCCAGCCAUGCAAGUUCGAAGCAUCAAGGUGUUUGAAGACGACGGGGUACCGGCUACCUCAGACAGCACGAGUAAUACAAAUGAUGCUUCCUAUAUGUAUAUAUGUUUUGUGUUUCAACUUAUUCUUGCAUUUCUCUUGACGUAACACCAAUUAUCAGUGUUAAGUACAUGUAUGUGUAUAAAAAUGUUGUCUAAACCAUUCCAAAGUGGACCUUGACGCUAGUAGAAACGUUGGACGCCAAGACACUUAACAUUUUGCUUUGAAGAAAUCAUUCCAGAUGACGAAGAACGAGUAAUUGAUGACUAAAUUAAUUAUCUUCUUGGAGUUUUUUUUCCAUUAGCCGCUAUUAUCGUGCUUGAACGCAAUUAUCUUGCUUGAAAAUGAGAAAUUACAAAAUAUUAACGAUUUUUUGUUUUCCCGUGACUCUGUGAUUUGACGUGUAGCCAUUAAUGCUAGUUUUAUAGCAUAAGUUUGCUAUUAAACGAAAAGGGAGGUUCCGACCAGCCCAAGUUACGUAAACGGUUACGAACAUUAUGCAAACGCUAACGGUCAUAAUGCAUUUAAUCAAACACUUCUGAAAAUCUGAUGGCGUAUCCUAAAAGUCUAUUAACCAGUGCGAGCGGAUUUCGUGGCGGAACCUCCCUCGUAGCCAUAGCGACGACAAGCGUUGAGCGGAUAGUAA